CGAAAAUGUGCCAAGAGCGUUAAGAGCAUAUUGUGUCUCGAAUAAGUGCAUGCAAUAAAUAAAGAAGCAACGCUGCACUCUCUGAUAUCGACUUAUUUUUGAACACCCUUACAUUGCUCCGGAGCACGUAUAAACCCAUGCACCAGCUUGCACCGAUGGUUGUAAGAACGGACGUAAAGCUGCGUCCACUUCAACAAGUAGAUAUAUGACAGCCGCUCAUAUGUGAACAGUUGUAUGAAUAGCAAACGCUUACCUGGCAUGUAAACGGGCUUAAGAUAUUCGUUAUUCGAGGUUUGACGUUUAACGUUCUUAGGUUAGAUUCGUAGAAACAGAGAAAUGACAGACAAACAAGAUUCCAACGAUGAAAUUCAGUCGAUAUCUCUGAAAUUUCAGUCAUUCAGUACGGCAGAUCCUAACCUAAAUCCUCAAGAACAAUCGAAAAUAACUCAACCAGUGCCCAAAAUGAAUAUCAGUACAUCCACACAUAGUUUGCAAGACGGAAAGAAGUCCUCAGUAAGCGAUGAUAAUUUGCCUGUGAGAAAUUUGCCAGAGCUCAAUCUACCAGAGAAAAUCAUCUUCGUCAUCGACACAGUCAAGGAACAUGAUUGUACAUCAUUUAAGUUGGGUACUGGUGCCAAGUAUACACCACUGUUUAUGAUCAAGAGAGUUGUUGAGAUAUUCGUCAGUGCAAAAUCUAUGCUUCAACGAAGACACGAAUUCGCUUUGAUGACAUUAGAUUCACAGGCAGCUCAUUGGGUUUGUGAUUUUACCAGUAACGUCAAGAGUAUACUCAACUAUUUGGAUACUAUUACAGAGGAUACACUUGAAGAGGAACAGAAAACUUACGACCUAGGCCAAGCCUUCGAGAAGAUACGUACACAUGCUCAUCUACCAGCUACUGGUGACAGUUUUGUCCCUCCAACAUUUGUCACUCGUGUGAUUUUAAUUUAUUCUCGGUCCCAUUGUGUUCCAAAAUUUCAAACCAGUGAUAAAGACUUUGAACAAUUAACGGAGAAUCCUUAUUUCUUCUUGGACUCUCUGUUUGUUCACGAGCCGCCAAGCUCAGAGAAUAAGUGUGAUGAAGCAUACGCAGAACUAACAGCAUUGGACACAAAAAAUUUCUCCUAUAUUUUAGAAGUAGGAAGAAAUGCUACAAAGUUACAUGACAACAUGGCUAAGUUAAUGGCUCAUCCUCUACAACGGCCAGUCCAGAAAGACACUUGUUAUACUAUUCACACAUCAACAACUUCACAAGAAGUACAUACAAACGUCUGAUAUGAUUGAUAUUUCUAUAUUGUAAACCCAUUUUACAUUUCACAAAAUGUAUAAUAACUUGUAUAAAGUGUAUGCAUGCAUACAAACCAGGAAUCUCUCUAAUGAAAACAGAUUCUUGGCAACAAUAUUAACUUUCUUUUAUAAAAACGAGAAAAGGUCCCGCUCACAGGCAUUCUGAAUAACUACAGAAUCAUAGGACUUGUGUACAACUAAAUAACAUAUGUAACCAAAGACAACAAAAAAAAAGUUAAAAUUAUAUUUGCUAUCCUGUUCACAAA